AUGGCCUCCAAAAUGCCUAGCCUGGCCCAGGCUACAAAAUGGCUACUACGACCCUCAACGAUUCAGCCUUUCAAGCCUGCUUUCUUGCCCGCUGUCCCGGUCUCUUAUCUGCACCAACAAGGCCCCUCUCGCUCGGCCGUGGUCCAUGAACAAGCACUCCCUCAAACGCAAACACAAGUACCCCCGGUAGAGGGAUCGCCAUUCUUCACGCAGCCGCAGACCCAAUCACCCUCAAACCAAACAGUAUCACUCGAUGAAACCGCCAAUCUCGACGCCGUCAUCUCCCAACUACCCCUCGUCCAAUCUCUCCGCCAGUCGCGGAAAGCAUACAAGGAAUCCCGACCCCAUCUCGCAAUCCCACCAGCAAUUCGACAGCAUCAUUUCGUCGGGGGUAGUCUCGCAGGUAGUGGUAAACUCGCACUAGCCCCAUAUAUGUGGACCUCCUCGCGCAAAACGAAGACCGAGUCUGGAAAAACCGCUCACGCCAGCAGUGUCGUCUCGGUCUUCCAUAUUGGCCGAGAUCUCUGCGGUCAUCCUGGUUUUGUCCAUGGCGGUUUGCUUUCUGUUCUGUUCGAUGAGGUCUUUGCUAGAUGUGUUUCGGCUGCGUUCCCGAGUGGAUUGGGUAUGACGGCGAAUUUGAAUGUUGAUUUCCGAAAGCCUGCGCUGCCGGAUCGUGUGUAUGUGUUGCGUGCGGAGACUACCAAGGUUGAGGGGAGGAAGGCUUGGGUUGAGGGCAAGAUGACAUAUCUUCCAUUGCCAUUGUCCACGCCGCUUGAUGCGAAGAGUCUUGUACCGGAUGUGGAGUUGUUGAGCGAGGAUAGUGAAGGCGCCGUGAUGGUUUCGGAGGCGAGAGCCUUGUUUGUGGAGCCUAAGUUUGCCGAUGUGAGUCUCCUUCGAGAAAUGUGUUGA